UCAGAGACCGUUGCCACGCUCAAGCUUCUACUCAUCGGCAGCAGUGGUACUGGAAAAAGUAGUUUGCUCAUGCGCUUCGUUGAUGGCGUAUUCCUUGCUCCCGACGAGAUCUCUGCAACCAUUGGCGUUGACUUUAAAGUCAAAGUCAUUGAUGUGGAAGGCAAGAAAUAUAAACUUACUAUUUGGGAUACCGCUGGUCAAGAGCGCUUUAGGACGCUCACAUCUUCUUAUUAUCGUGGGGCACAAGGUGUAAUCCUAGUCUAUGAUGUCAGCAACCGAGAUUCUUUCAAUGACCUGCAGACUUGGUUCAACGAGCUUGAUACAUAUUGUUCCAGUAAGGAAGUUGUUCGUAUGAUUGUCGGAAACAAAGUUGACAAGGAUUCUAGCAGAGAAGUUAGUAGACAGGAAGGCCAGGAAUUGGCACGCCAGCUUCAAACAUUAUUUGUAGAGUGUAGUGCCAAGACCAAGCUGGGUGUCCAGCAGGCAUUUGAUGAGCUUGUACAGCAGAUCAUCGAUACCCCAAGCCUUUGGCAGAAG